AAUUCAGAAAAAUAAAAUACUCUAUAAGUAAAUUAAAAUAAAACAAGAAAACCAAUAGCAGUAGAGAGAAGAAACACUUUAUUACCUUUUUUAUGAUGCACGCAUCCAUGGCAGAACACAGAAGCCUACAGAGUCCUGCUACUACUCAACAGGGCUAGAAGAAAAAAAAUAAAGACCCAGUACAACAAAUCUAACACCUGUAGAGAAAAAAAGAAGAAAUUAUUGAGAUGAAGGUGCUUCAAUGGAGUUUUAAAGAUUAGAUGCAGAUGAAAUGGAGCUGCUCGAGAUAAUAAAGAUGAUGACAGUUGAGUAGGUGUUUUUUUCUCUCUGGUUUCUUUGAGUAUUAGUGAAAGAAGAAGAGAGAUUGAUGGCAUGCAAAGAGCGACUAUGAGUUCUUGAUUUUGAAAAACUAAAAUCUGAGAUAAAAAAACAAGAAAGUUCAUUUCUUUUUCAAAAUCCAAGGGGAAAAAACUUGCCCAUUUGCUUCAAUCUUGGUCUUUUUUGUUUGUUUGUCUUCUUUGUUUGAAUCUGUGAACAAAGAAAAUUAAAGUUUUUUUUUGGGUUCUUGGUGUGUAAUUUAUAGAUGAGUGAUGAGUUGGAUGCCCUUUCAUUUGCAGGGAAAGGGGGGUUUAGAUAUUGUUGAUUUUGGUAGUUUGGCUUCUAUUUCUUCUCAUCAGCAAGAAACUUGGAAGCAGAAGCAACAUCAAGAGGUUAAUAGCUUCACAACCAUAGAGCCCACUUCAGUUCUUCAUAUGAGAAGAAGUCUUAGUCCACCUACAUCAGCUUCUACUCUUUCCUCCUCCUUCAACAACGGCAGCAGCGGCGGACGGGGUGGUGGUAAUUCCACUGAAAACACCACCACCGCCACCGCGACGGCCAGAGAGAAAGUGGUGACUCCUCUGAACGAAAGGAAAGAUGAAUGGGCUACCGAGUUGCAGCCGAUUCCGAGUGGGUUAGAGAUUGUGUCCACAGGUGAAAGAUGUGGUCUUGGUUUGGAGGAAUGGGAGAAUAUGUUAUCAGAGCCGAACCAAGAACAGUCCUUGCUGAGGUGGAUUUCUGGGGAUGUGGAUGAGUCUUUUGGGUUCAGGCAAUUGUUGCAGAAUGGUGGCAACAAUAAUUCAGCUGAUUUUGAUUCUGGUGGGUUAGGGUUAGGGAUGGUUGAUGGAAUGGCUGGUAUUUCAAGCAUUGGUACUAAUUUGUCUGGUUUUUCUGCAUCUGGGUUUAGUUCAACAAAUAGUAGCAGUAGCAGCAACGUUAAUGGAAAUGGAAAGGUUAAUUAUGCAAGUGUCGGAUUGGGAAAUAAUAGCAGCAGCAAUUGUAGUGUACAAAAUCCGAUUUUCGGUGCUUUACCUCCGGGUAUGGUUUAUCAUCAUCGGCAAAUUGAGGCAUCUGAGGAAAAGCCACAGAUUUUGAAUCCACAGGUGAUGAUGAACCAGCACCAAUCUCAAAAUGCUAACACUUUUAUGCAAUUUCCAUUUCCACAGCAAAAUCAACUACUUCAACACGAAACCAAGAGGCAUAACUCCGGCGGGAUGGGCCCAAUUAUGCCUCAGAUGAUUGCGAAGCACCCGUUUGGUGAUCCGGGUCAUGAGAUAUUGGCCAGGAAACAGCAGCAGCAACAGCAUUUUCAGCAAGGGGUGAAUUUUGUUUCUCCACAUAUGCAACAGAAUGCUAUGGUAGUAAAAAAGGAAGAACAGCAACAUGCUUUGCUGGACCAGCUCUACAAGGCGGCUGAGCUGGUCGGAACUGGGAAUUUCUCACACGCGCAAGGGAUAUUGGCGCGGCUCAAUCAACAACUCUCUCCAAUCGGAAAGCCUCUGUAUCGGGCAGCUUUCUACUUCAAGGAGGCUCUGCAAUUGCUCAUUCUCAUGAAUAACAACAACAACAACAACUCAGUCACUCUCCUGCCGCCCAGGAGCCCCACUGCGUUCGAUGUCAUAUUCAAAAUCGGCGCAUACAAAAUCUUCUCCGAAGUCUCUCCUUUGAUUCAAUUCGUCAACUUCACUUCCAAUCAAGCCCUCCUCGAAUCCCUCCGCGAUGAAGAUAGAAUUCAUAUAAUCGACUUUGAUAUUGGCUUUGGUGCUCAAUGGGCUUCUUUUAUGCAGGAGCUUCCGAGAAGUAGAGGCACCCCAUUAUUAAAAAUCACUGCAUUUGCCUCUCCUUCAACUCACCACCCCGUGGAGAUUCUCCUUAUGCGCGAAAAUUUAACUCAAUUCGCCAAUGAAAUAGGUAUAAGCUUCGAACUUGAUGUGAUCAACUUUGAUUCUUUAGAACAAAGUUGCUACUCUCUCCCCAUUUAUCGGUCAAGCGAUAACGAAGCAAUAGCGGUUAAUUUUCCGGUUUGGUCCUGCUCGAAUCAACCAUCCGCAUUACCUUCCCUGCUUCGUUUUAUCAAGCACCUUUCGCCGAAGAUUGUCGUUUGUUUAGAUAGAGGGGAGCGAAUCGACCUUCCAUUUCCGCAACAUAUCCUGCAUUCUCUGCAAGCUCAUAUUCACCUACUGGAGUCACUAGAUGCUGCAAACGCGGCGUCGGAUGCUGUGAAUAAAAUAGAGAAAUUCCUACUCCAGCCGAGGAUUGAGAGCACGGUGUUCGGCCGUCUCCGCGCACCGGAGAAAAUGCCGACGUGGAAGACGAUGUUCGCCUCGGCUGGAUUCUCUCCUGUAAUGUUCAGUAACUUCACAGAGACGCAAGCAGAGUAUGUGAUGAAGAGAAUUCCUGUGAGGGGAUUUCAUGUGGAGAAGCGGCAAGCUUUGCUUGUGCUCUGUUGGCAGCGGAGAGAUCUUAUGUCAGCUUCGGCUUGGAGAUGCUGAUGAUCAGCAAUGGUAAUUUUAAUAAUUUAUUGUUCAGUUACAGUGUGAGAGGAAAGUUGAACCCGCAACCUCUCAUGUUUCAGUUACUUCGCGGUUGAUCGGAGGUUUCAAUUCAAUCUGUUGUGGUAAAAAAAAUAUUAUCUUAUGUAGUUUCCAUUUGCUAUUAGUACAAAAUUUACUUUUGCCCUCA